AUGGCUCGCCUGCAUGAGGCGGAAGUGGUGGUCCUACAGGAAGAAGCAGCGUUUGGACGGUACGCGCGAGACAUCCACGGUCGAGUGGUGCCGGAGGACGAGGCUCAGCGUCGAUUCAGUAUGGUCGAGUUGUCGGGCAACGCGUAUAAUAUUCCGUCAACGCUUUCGUCUUCUUACACUGCAGAAGACCCAGAGGGCAACGUGCUUCGACUAGGAGAUCCCUCGCAGUCGGACGUCCCGGGCAAAUUUCACGCCAAGAAGCGCUCAGGAAUGCUGGGACCCAUUUCCAAGCCCGAAUGGCGGUCGUUUGACCGACCUCCGCCGCCUAGACGACGAGCUAGAGGAGCUCAGCUGGAAGAAGCGUUGGCUGCAGAGCGCAAAGCGAACGCCCAAUUGGGGGUGCUACUGGACUCGCUCAGGGAGGAGAUGGAGCGCAAGAAUAUGGACGUCGCCUACUUCGAGAGCUGCGUGGAGCUGCAGGUGUACGGCGAAGAAUUGCGGACGUUUAUCACUCAAGCUCGGCGUGAGUUGGCAGCGCUUCGGCGGGAGUUUGAGGAGAAGAAGUACAUGUACGAGAGCAAAGUGGUCAACAUCCACAAGAAGGAGGAGCUGCUCAACACGUUCAAGGCGCAGCACAAGGCCGUCAAGGACGCUACCCACGCCAAGCGUAUAGAGUCCGGUCAAGCAAAAGUUGCGAGUCUGAAUCAAGAGCAGCAGCGACGCGAAGACCAAGAGCAGGCUGCGAUUCGAGCUGCGGCUGCAGCCGAACAGCUCGAGCACGACCAGGCCGCUCCUCUCGUCCAGCACUUCUGCGCGACUCAGAUCCAGAAGUUCGUCCGCGGGAUGUUGGCGCGUGAAACCUUCGCGCAGAUGAAGAUCGAGUUCGUCGUAGCCAGCACCUUCAUCCAGGCGGGAGUUCGUGGGUACCUCGUCCGACGGCGAGUCGCCAAAAUGUACUGGAACAAUGCUGCGUCCGUGCACUUGCAGCGAGUGGCGCGAGGCUAUCUGGCGCGAAGGUUAGCAGCGGCGAGGAGGAGACGGACACUGCGUGAAACCUCGGCUGAGAAGAUCCAGAAGGUCAUGCGAGGGCGCUUCGGUCGCGUUCGGAUGGCCAAGAUCCGGGAGCUCGUGGGCUGGAGACUGCAACUCGCGCUUGCGGCUCAAUCCGUGAAUGCUGUGGCACUACAAGAGCUCGCAGCGGAGUGUCAGGAGAUGGUCGCGUUUCCGAGCCUCAUGAAGACAGGGAUCAAGUCUUCCUCUCCUUCUGGGGAUAAACCGCCUCUACCUGCGCUGGUGCUUGGCCUCGUGCGGAUGCUGAUGAUCUUCACUAGCGAAGCCGAUGAUGAAUGGGAUAUUCCGAGUACGAGGUGGCGGGAGGCUGCGCGCUUCCUGCGCUGUGGUGUGAGUGUCACUCGACGGAUGCACAAGAUUGCAGACGCUGCCGCUGGAGCAGCUCGAGCGUCUAUGAGCCUCUCUUCAGGGGGUUUUGCAGCUGCGGGUGUCGCUGCUUCCACUCCGUAUUUACGAGAGUCGCGCCUUGGUUUAGCGCUGCUCGAAGCGUACACUGGAGAUUUGGACUUUAAAGUUGAGACCUUCGAGCGAAUACCACGAGGUUGGCGAGCUGCAGUGGCGAUUUUCAAGUGGACGACGGCGUUCGCAGCCAUUGCGCGGCUGCAGCAUCUCCUAGAGUCCGCAGCAUCGUCUACCAACCCGUUCUUGGUGGUUAGUCGGACGUUGAGCAAGAGAGAAGCGCAGCACGAAGUCACGGAGCGACGAGAUGCCGACCACAGCGACGAAGAAUUGGCUCGACGAUUUGUCCCCGUUGAGCUCGUUCAAGCACGAGGGUAUCCGUUCCAUCGCCCUCGUCCAUUGCUGCUGCUGGUGGCUAAUGACGUGCCACAGAAGGCACGAACUGUGAUACUCGAGAAGCUUCAAGCAGCUUUACCGGGGCUCUUCCUUACGAUCACGCGUCCUCCAGCGCCCAAGAGGAGGUCUCUGGGUAUUGAAGACAACGUUCAAGCGUUCGACUUCAACGCUAUUCGAGACGCCGUGGCUUUGGGGCACUGCGUCAUCCUCGAAGGUGACGUUGGGCUUCGAGAUGUGACUCAACGAGCCUUUCUGAGCUGCUUUGCGACUAUCAAGAGCGGGAUCCACCCCCCACCGAUGUGCGUGCUAUUGAGAGGUACCAUCAAGAACCGCAGCGACCUGUUUGGACCGAAAGAAGGGUUUGAUCAGCUGGAAGAGGCUUAUCAGGAGGAGAUCAAGCGUCGAAUGGUCGAUGCGGACGUGAAAUUAGCUCUGGAUCGGACUACACGGCUGCGACUGGAGCUAGCUGAGGGCGCCAUUACCCAGGAAAUGAUAGAGCAGGCUAAGAGUGGGUUCGGGGACUUGGCUCCUGCUGCGAACCCGGCGUUGGUGGUGGUCAUGGAGGCUGUAAUCGUCCUGCUGACGCCUGGGAAGGUCUAUGAAGGUCCUUCCCAGAGUGAAAUCGCCACAAGUUCCGUUAGUUGGCGACUCUCGCGUCGACUUCUGGCUCAGCCAGCAUUCUUACGAGCCAAACUACAGCGAGUGGAUGUCACUAAAAUCCCGCCGGUGAACUUGGUAGCACUGGAGCGAUACUUACGCCAUCAAAUGUGGCCGAAUGCGGUCGUCGCGAGGUCCCAAGUAUCCCCUAGCAGACUGCUCUUCGCUCUGGCGGCUUGGGUCGAGUCGGCUACUAAGACCGCUCGACUGAUCGCGGCUGACGGCACAGGCUGCCUCGCACCUGAGAUCACUCGCUAUGAACCGAUCCCUGGUCUGUUUGAGCGCGUGGUCGUGUUUGACAAUUGCCCUGUGGACCAUGCGCAGGAGGGGGCGGGAGAAGACUCGGCAGUGAUGCAGCUCAUGGACGCGGUGCUGGCGGACGUUCGAGUGUACCGCACGGCGCAUUUGCUGGUGAGUUCGAGCGUCAAUGUCACGACUCAAGCGCUCAAGAAGAAGAGCGUCGACCAGGAAGAAAGAUGCGUCGUGUCGCUCUUCCACGAGUGCAGGCGCAUCUUCGCGAGCGUUUACUCGCCAAGCUCGGGCCAGCGCUGGUUCACAGUCAUCUCCGAAGACGACAUUGACAAGUUGCUGACUCCUACUGCGAUGCCUCUCGGGGGAGAAACCAGAGCGGAUAAACUACCGCCACAGUCACACAGUGAAAUGUACGCGCGUCUCGCUCGCUUGUGUCUACUGCAACGACGAAGGCUUGAAGAUAUUCCGGAGUCUAUUGAGCCUCCCAGUCCGUACGAAUUAGUGGUGCGCCCUCACGCAGUGCGGCUGUAUCGACGGGUACUGCUCCUGGGGGGGUACUUGGUCAUGGUCACCAUGGCGGAGCUGGCUCGCGGACAUGUUCAGGUGGACGCAUUCGUACACGGAAGUAACUCAGAGAAUGCUCUCGCCCAAUCCGUAGCUUUGACGCUGGCUGUUGAGCUGGAAAACGUGCUCGGUCGACUGUCGGCAGCUCAAGCUCGGCGGUUCUUCGUUCCGUCCUCUCGCAUCCCCGCGCUCCUGCUUGACCGACUUCACCUGUACUGCGUCACGCGGACUUCGAUGCUGGAGGCAGAGUUCCAACCGAGAGCGCCGUCCACACUAAGACUCAGUGUGAGAACCGGUGAAGGUGCGCCUGGACGCGUGCUGCUUCGACGUGUUGUACGAUUGCCCAGUGCUGCAUUGGGAGAGCGCUGGGUGUUCACGCUUAUUGAACGACACAAAGCCGGCGACUUCCAGGCAGUUUUCUAUGCUCCUGUGUCUAGCACUCGUCACACCAUUCGUCUAUCUGGUUGUGCUGCACAGGAGCUACUGCAUCUAUCGAGACAUGCCACACCGACCCAGUUGCAGCGCGUAUUGUUGAGAAGGUUCUGCGUGGCGAAAGCGGCAACUAAGGAACCCGAAGAAAUUGACUCGAGCGAUGGCGACGUGGAUGAAGAACCAACGGAGGAGGACGUGGAUGUUAUGAGCUGCUAUCGCUUGAGGCGCCACAUCAUUGCGAGGUUCCCGUGUGUCUUGCGAGUCAUGGAGAACCCUCACCAACGGAUCACGAAGAAACAAGUCGUGCGGACGUAUGUACAGGCCGAGCUUUGUGAGCCUGAACCGAACGAGGAAGGCAGUGUAGUGGAUCUAAGUGCAAGGGUGGACUCAGGUGGUGACGCUCUUCGAUACCGAGUUUGGCUGCCUGGAUCGUGCGUACAGCAGACGCUGGUACUGCACGAAAGCGAGGUUGAAGCGAGUCUGCCCAUGGAAUCGACGUGGCAACACGCGUCUGUAGCUGAUCGGAGGAGCAUCAGUCGACACCUCGUGCACCGCUACUUUAGAUGGGAUCCGAAUGGUGGCGGCGGUGACGACGGCUGCCUGGUCGCUCACUUGCCGUGUGGGUCCUUCUGGGCGACUGAAGGAGACGAGGAAGUCGUUGUGGUUUCGUGCACUCACCUACUGGAUGACCGAGCGACUGAGAGUGAUAACGAAGUCGACGAUGAAGAAGAACGCGAAGAAAAUAAUACCAAGGGAGGGAAGCGCCGACGGAAGCUGUACAGCUACGACACGGAAGAGCUUGUCCAUCGGGGCAGCUACCGGGCCAACGGUCUCUACGUGGUUAUACGUGUUACUAUGCGCGCCGAAGUGCUUCGAGACUUGAAACCCGCACUCGUUUCGCCAACGGAUCGCGUGCAGGAGCGUGACUCGUUUAGCAUCAAAUUCCACGUGUAUCACCCUGCCUCCAGUGGUCGAGCGAUUGCUAAAAUCCGUGGCCAUAGAGAUCUACGCGAGGUCGUCGGCCCCGACAAAGCCGCUCUCAUCGCCUCAACGUCCAUCGACGGGUUGAUCCGCCACAUCAUUCUUGCUCGUCUGUACGCUCAAGUCGAUGGAGGGUCAAGCCUCAAGGUGACGUUCCUGCGGGACCGACUGUACGCCAAGCAGAAGGCGACACCAGUGACGAAAACGUUCGAGCGAGACUCGAGCGUUAACGCUACCAAGCUCAUUGAUGAGUCACGGCGUCAUGGAACUGCAGGAGCGCGCGGCGUCAAGGUUCUCACGACGUCUAAAGUACUGGCCGGCUGCGGUCGCACACUGAUUACUGUGUUUGACUUGGCCGAGCGAUCUGGAGAUCGGGGCGUCAUGCUACGCGUCGAUGCGUACGUGUGUGCAACCAGUGCGAGGCUUUCGCUGUUGCUAGAGGGAAGUGAUUUGGCCCAUGUUGUCGGUGACGACAAGGAUCUGCUGCUUCCGAUAGUCUACAAGGACGAAAGCUCUGAUGAAAUUCUGGAUAGGGAAAAGACAAGGAGUCGGAAGCUGGCGAUGAUGGUGUUGGAAUACCUGCACGUUGAGCAGCGAAGUGACGGGCGCGGGGAUCGUCUAGUGCUAUCAGACUAUUCGUGCUCGCUGGUUGACACGACGAGCACGGAAAGCAACAGUAAGAGGCUAUUCAAGACUGUUCGAGCUGUGGGGCACGACCAGGUCCUG